GCCUUAAGAAACUUCCUUACGCUGCGCUGCAGACGAGCCGUGGCAGCGUCGCGUCAGAUAGUCGCUGGAUUCGUUGAAAUUACUCGAAUUUUUUUCCCCGUUACUUGGAGUUAAAGCGGAGCUUCAUGUGUGGCACCAGUCCGCCAUCUGGACCCGACAGCAGAUUCCACUGAUCCCCUGCGUCACCCUAUGAGCCUCCUCUAAGCCUUCUGCUCUCCCUCCUCCCGAUCCGAGCCGCUCGAGCAUCUUUCGUCUUGCCGGGGAUUCGCCCCAUGCUGAACAUGACAGAGGAGCACGACAAAACCCUCGCCGAGCCCCCUUGCAGCCCGACUGGCACCAGCAGCUCCAUGUCUCAGGAGGACUCGGACUCCGAUGCCCCGUCGUCCCCGAUGGGCUCUGAUGGACGCGGCUCGCAGCGCGCUCCCGGCACAAGCAAAAAACUGGACGGGGACGAAGACGAGCGCUUCCCAGCCUGCAUCCGCGAAGCCGUGUCUCAAGUGCUCAAGGGCUACGACUGGUCACUCGUUCCCAUGCCGGUGCGAGGCAACGGAGCCCUCAAGUCCAAGCCGCACGUGAAGCGGCCGAUGAACGCGUUCAUGGUGUGGGCGCAGGCAGCGCGGAGGAAGCUCGCCGACCAGUACCCGCACCUGCACAACGCCGAGCUCAGCAAGACCCUGGGCAAGCUGUGGCGUCUGCUGAGCGAGAGCGAGAAGCGACCCUUUGUGGAAGAAGCCGAGAGACUGCGGGUUCAACACAAGAAGGACCACCCGGAUUAUAAAUAUCAGCCGCGGAGGAGAAAGAGCGUCAAAGCCGGUCAGAGCGACUCGGACUCGGGGGCCGAACUCAGCCAUCACCCGGCGGGCGGAGUGUAUAAGGCGGAGCCGGGCAUGGGCGCCAUGGGAGACGGAGCGCCACACGGCGAGCACGCAGGUCAGACCCACAGCCCACCCACUCCACCCACCACCCCUAAAACCGACCUCCACCACGGGAGCAAACAGGACCUGAAGCACGAGGGGCGUCGCCUGGCGGAGAGCGGCCGUCAGAACAUCGACUUCAGCAACGUCGACAUCUCAGAACUCAGCAGCGAGGUCAUCGGCAACAUGGACGUGUUUGACGUCCACGAGUUUGACCAGUACCUGCCGCUGAACGGCCACGCCGUGCUGUCCGGCGAGCACGGCCACGCUCAGAACUCUUCGGCCACCCCGUACGGUGCCGUCUACGGCCACUCGAGCGGCACCGGCGGGCCCGUCCAGGCCUGGGGUCACAAGAGCGCCGCCUCGUCCUCGGAGCCGGGCCAGCAGAGGCCGCACAUCAAGACCGAACAGCUGAGCCCGAGCCACUACAGCGAGCAGACCCACGGCUCCCCGACCCCCUCCGACUACGGCGGGUACGGCGGCCAGGCCUGCGCCAGCUCGUCCGCCCCGACCUCGACGGCGGUGUCCUUCUCCAGCUCCCAGUGCGACUUCACGGACCUCCAGAGCCCCAGCUACUACAGCCCGUACUCGGGGUACCCCUCCAGUAUUUACCAGUACCCUUACUUCCACUCGUCCCGCCGCGGCUACGGCUCGCCCAUCCUCAACGGCCUGUCGGUCCCCCCGGCGCACAGCCCCUCGGCCGGCUGGGAGCAGCCCGUCUACACCACCCUCAGCAGGCCGUAGGCUCCGGAAAGCCAAUUGGGGGGCUUUGUGUGCCGUCGCCCCGGACCUCCCAAGGACUUCCAUUUAGCUCUAUGCACUAAUGACGGGACUGAGCAGGCCUUUGUCCCCAUCUUCACUGCGGUGACAGUGACGGGGAGGAGGAGGAGGAGGCCUGUGCCUUAGCGCGGAUCGAUGGCAGCCGACUUGGACGCCAAUCCUCUGUGAGGACUCGAGAAGGACGGUGCUGACCAGAACCAAGUGUGCCCGCCCAGCAGUGUGCCCAGUGGACCUUUUGAUUUUCUCGGAGUUUAUUCCUGUAUUUAUAUUUUCCGUCUCCGUGAUGAGGGGCGUCUCCCCCCAAACUCCUUCAUCUCCUUUCACUGUUUGAACCCUCCCUCGGCUUUCUGCGUUGCGGGGGCUGAUUGUGGUGGGCCCCCCGGGAGCGCUCCACGUGAGGACAUGUGACACGGCAGCGGUGCCUUCCCGCUCUGGAGGUCUUCUCCUCGCCCACUCGCUGCCUCUUUUAUGUCAUUUUCUAAUCUUUUUACUGAAAUUAUUUUUGCAGAUGUUUUAAUAAAAAAGUUUCCCAGAA